AUGCCAUCAGCCACAGGAAACAAGCGAGUCCGAGGAGUCUCAGCAUUCCGACCAUUCAUUUUUGGCAGCGAAGCCCAACUGUUUGACCCGGAGAAGAAACCAGCCAAUGCUCCCCCAGACCACACCCAUCAAUGGCGCGUCUUUGUUAAGGGUGUCAACGGCGAGGACAUCUCCUACUGGCUCAAGAAAGUGCAAUUCAAACUUCACGAAACCUAUCCCCAGAACGUACGUUCAGUCGAGCAACCGCCCUUUGAAGUUGUCGAGACCGGCUGGGGUGAAUUUGAAAUCCAGAUCAAACUAUUUUUCGUCCCAGAGUCAAAUGAAAAAUCGCAGACCCUAUGGCACAGCCUGAAACUUCACCCUUACGGACCAGAUGCAGAAGGAAUGAAGGAGCGACGGGAGGUAGUCAUCAGUCAAAACUACGAGGAGAUCAUCUUCAACGAGCCCAUUGAACCCUUCUACGAGGUUCUUACUGGUGGGCCGGGUUCAGUGGCUAAAGGCAAAGGGAAGAACCCGAAACAAGGAUUGAGUCGGACGGCAGAAAUCCCAGCAAGUGGUAGCCCUAGAAACCCGUACAGCCGGGCUGCUGAGAAUACGGAGCUUGAUCGAAUGUCCGACGCCAGAAGGACGGUCGAGCAGAUGAUCAAGGAGGAAAAGGAACGACUAGUUGAGCGGGAGAAAAGGCUGGCCGAGCUUCGUGAAAGCGAAGGUGUUCCUGCCACUAUCAAAAAGAGGUGA